GCCGGAUCGUGAAUAGAUGAAUUGAAACCAAAAAUCACGAGCGAGCAAAAGUAAAUUGUGCCGAGCCGGUGGUUUAUUGUGUUUUUAAGCUUAACCCCACAAAAGAUCUCAAAAUGGUCUCCCUAAACCCCAUCAGAAUAUUGAAAAAUGAAGCUGAAGAAGAGAAAGCUGAGGUGGCUCGUAUGUCCAGUUUCAUCGGAGCUAUUGCAAUUGGCGAUUUGGUAAAGAGUACCCUGGGCCCUAAAGGGAUGGACAAAAUUUUGGUCUCUAUGGGUAGAAAUUCAGGACAGGUUGAAGUCACAAAUGAUGGUGCCACAAUUUUGAAAUCAAUUGGGGUUGACAACCCAGCCGCAAAGAUUUUGGUAGACAUGGCCAAGGUACAAGAUGAUGAAGUGGGUGACGGUACAACAUCAGUCACUGUCUUAGCUGCUGAACUGCUCCGUGAGGCUGAAAAGCUGGUUGAACAGAAGCUGCACCCUCAGACGAUUAUUGCCGGAUGGCGCAUUUCUGUUGACGCUGCCAAGAAAGCUCUUGCAGGAGCCAGCUUUGACCACCAGAAGAACCUCAAUGAUGCUGCUCUCCGUGCUGACCUGGAAAAUAUUGCUCGUACCACAUUAAGCUCCAAGAUUCUCUCAAAUCACAAAGAACAUUUCACAAAACUGGCUGUGGAUGCAGUGCUCCGCCUGAAGGGUUCAGGGAAUCUGAAGGCCAUACAGAUCAUCAAAAUCUCUGGAGGCCUCCUUGAAGAGUCGUUCCUGGAUGAAGGCUUUCUUUUAAACAAAAAGGUGGGAGUGCAUCAACCGAAACGCAUUGAAAACGCCAACAUUUUGAUCGCCAACACUCCCAUGGACACGGACAAGAUUAAGGUGUUCGGUUCGACCAUCAAAGUGGACUCCAUGGCCAAGAUUGCCGAGCUGGAAGUGGCCGAGAAGGAAAAGAUGAAGGAUAAGGUUAACAAGAUCUUGGCACACAAAUGCAAUGUCUUCAUUAACAGACAACUGAUCUACAACUACCCGGAGCAGCUGUUCGCGGACGCGGGAGUGAUGGCCAUAGAGCACGCGGACUUCGACGGCAUCGAGCGGCUGGCGCUCGUCACGGGCGGCGAGAUCGUCUCCACCUUCGACUCGCCCGAAAAAGUCAAGCUUGGGCACUGCAAGGUUAUCGAGCAGGUGUUGAUCGGCGACGAGUGCCUGAUCCGGUUCUCCGGCGUGGAGCUGGGCGCGGCGUGCACGGUGGUGAUCCGCGGCGCCACGCAGCAGGUGAUCGACGAGGCGGAGCGCUCGCUGCACGACGCGCUCUGCGUGCUCGCCGCCACCGUGCGCGAGCCCAAGGUCAUCUACGGCGGAGGCGCUAGCGAGAUGCUGAUGGCGGAGGCGGUGUCCCAGGCGGCGGCGCGCACGCCGGGCAAGGAGGCGGCCGCGGCCGAGGCCUUCGCCGUGGCGCUGCGCCGCCUGCCCGCCGCCGUCGCCGACAACGCCGGCUACGACAGCGCCGACCUCAUCGCGAGGCUGCGCGCCGCGCACGCGCAGGGCGACUCCACCGCCGGCCUAGAUAUGAACAACGGCGUGGUGGGCGACAUGAAGCAGCUGGGCGUGACGGAGUCGUACGUGGUGAAGCGGCAGGUGCUGGAGUCUGCGGCGGAGGCGGCCGAGAUGAUCCUGCGCGUCGACAACAUCCUCAAGGCCGCGCCGCGCCGCCGCCAGCCCGACCACCGCCCCUGCUAGGCCGUACUACUCCACUCUACUACCAUUACAGCUCACUAAGACGGCGCGAAAAGUCGCAUGCUUUUCAUUAUAUUGCGGUUUUUGAUCGAUCGGUUGAAGUGGACUCAACCAACAGUCCGCAAUGUAACUAAAAUCGCAUGCGAUUUCGCGCGCCGUAUAUCAGCCCUAACUCACAACUCACAAGGCCGACGCGUAACUGAGACGGUUCAUCAUUCGAAAUUCAAAAUCACAAAAAGGCUAUACACGAAUGACCACGCGCGAUUAAAUACUAAAAUCGAGUGGCGUUCGCAAGUAGGGCGACAAAUAUUACAUAUCGGUCUUAUAUAAUACAUACCGAACGCACGAAGCAAACGUCCAACUGCGCCGUAAUCGACCACAACAGCUUCUUAUGAACCGUCGGAGUUAAACGUUAGACCUAUAGUAUUAUCUGAAGCUCAUGACAAACGGUUCUAGUCAUUCGAUUCUAUAUUCUAACAUUAUGGUAAAAAAAAAACAAGAAGACGUGGAAUCAAAUGAAUAAAUCCGUCUAUCAGAGUUCCCCAGGUAAUCAUGCUGUAUCGGCGAACUGGUGUGAAGUUAGCGAUAUACGACAUCAAUUAUUUUUGUUACAUGGACGAAAUGUUAUUGUAAAGUUGCUCACAUUUCUCGGUGGUGUUGCAUCAGUCACAUUUGUGUCUUAAAGCUUUAAUGUUUUUUUUAUGCCUCCGUAAAUAUAUGUCAUCUGACAUAUAUCUUUGUGUCAGUCAAUCUCCAUUGAAAAAUAAGCUUUAUUGCCAACUUCACACCAGUAAUAUAUCUAUAAAGAUUUACCGAUUGAUGCGGUAAAGAGCAUUUCACUACGUUUAUAACUUUGUUAGGGUGCAUGCGUUGACCGUGAAUGCAUUUGACGGAUGAUACGCAAUAUGAACAAAGUAUGGAUGUGGAUUUUUCAGAUAUAUCUGAGUAUGUCCGUACGUUAUUUUACUUACACUUAAUAAGCUUGGUUCAUGCUGAUGCCAGUAUUGUCAAAGUUCACUAUUUUAUUUCACGAUUAUUCAAUGAAUUACCAAUUUAGUUCUGUAUGACAGAAAACCUGGCUCUUGUUUCACCAGGCAGACAAUUGUCGUCUUACAUUGACAAUUCGCCGUAUAUUGCGUCCAAUAAGUAAACAUUGACGUUAUGGAGUAUAGAAGUAAAGGAGAGCUAUCUUUUAUGGUAAAACGUUUUAAAAGUGUCCAGCAGUCAGCUGAAAUAAUAGUUCGAAAUCUCCACGGUGGCGCUAGGGUAGCACCCGGACCUAACAUGAAUUUAGACCUUAUUGACUAAGACUCCGGCACGAGAAAGUUAAGAAAAGUCGUUAGGAAUUGCAUUAAAAGCAAAUGAUUGUAUUUGCCAUGUUCAUUUUAAAGAAGAAAAUAUAAAAUAUGUACGAAAAGUUAACUAUUAAAGGAGAGCUCAAAUAUAUUCCUAUACAAAGAAAAACGCUUAAGGAAGAAGCUGUGCCCGCGAUUGAGCAUCAGUUUAUUCCCAUUCCCGAACAUGAACUCCAAGCCAAUACUAUUCACGUAGAGGAAUCUUUCGAACCAUACCCCAAAUCAACCUAAGGACGAGCAGCAACAACAAAUCAAUGCCGAGCAACAGGAAUUAUCAGAAGAUCAAAAUGAUUCUAAUAAUUUAAUAGAUUAUGAAAUGAUACAACAGGACUUUGUGGAACCAUUGUUGAGUCAAUAUCAGGAUACCGAUGUAACAAUAAAUCCAAUAGAGAAUUUUAAAAGUAAGUUUCGGGCAUUUUCGUUGUGCCGCCUUUUUGGCUACAUGCAGAAAAUCCAAAUGGGCUGGAAUUUAUGCGAAUGGAUCCAACAACUCAGCAGAUUAAACAUCAUAAUUAUACGUUUAACGAUGAUCUAACUAUCACUGCCUUGGCCUGGCUCUUAGCCUUGUAAGAGACCGUCAAAAAUUGGUUCGCGAUGCCCAGUGGCGCCGCCUAUUUACGAGGGACACUUUUUAAUACAUGAAGAUUGAUUUCCUUACUUUACCUCCUAUAAUUGACGUUAGGGGUCAUCCAUUAAUUACAUCACA